UAUGAAUAUGCCUAGUUUAUCGACUUAACAAUUAUACCAUAAAAAUAUACGUAUAGUAUUGAUCUAUAAAUGGAUCCCAACAGUUAUCAUUAUAUUAUUCUCAUAGGGAUAUAAGAAACAGUAUUGUCAUACUAUACCAAUAUUGAUUCAAUAAAUAAUUACAAAAUUCUUUUAUUUUCAUGAAUCAAUCAAGACAUUUCAUUGGAUCUAAUCCAUUGAACGUCAAUUCCUCUUUAAUAAGAAGUAAAAGUUUUCAACAUAUUACCGCCAACUAUUAUAAAUCAUCAAUAAUGAAAUUAUGGAAACAUGAACAUUGGAAUAUUAUUCCAUGGAAAUCUGAUCUAACAUUAUUUCAAAAUAAUAAUACACUUGAAUUGGAUCACAGAUCAUGGUUAUAUUUAUAUUAUAAUACAAAAUAUAUACAUGAAACAACAGUUUAAAAAAACAAAACAAAACAAAACAUCAAUGAGUAUCUAUACACAUCUCAUGAAUAAUCUGUCCAGUAUGGAUCUAUUCAAUGAAUGGAGUAUAAACAAUAUCCUUGUAUAUGAUAUCUAAGAUAAAGUAGACUAUGGUUAAGAAUGAUUCUCUAUCAAUGGUCAACUAUUAACUUUUGUUAUAAUGAUCAUUAUAUAAAUUGUACGUAUAUAUAUUACGUUUGGAUGUUUGCCGAUAAAAUCAAUACUGACUUCUUUCAUUAAAUAUAAUAAAGGGUUGUUAUAUAUCCAAUUUUACAUGUGUACAAUGUGAGCACUGGAACGUUUAAACUCUUUCAAGUUGUAAAUGAAUAGAUAGAAGAUAAGUGAGAAGGAAUGCUAUUCUUAAAAGUGUCACUUAUGGUAGAAAACUGUCAGGUAUUUAUAGGAAAUCAUCAUUAUAGUC